AUGGACGGUAGCAAAUGGUUUAACCCAUAUAUGAAAGUUCCUCCAGAGGAGGAAAUUGUGAUUUCCGGUAUCGCAGGACGAUUUCCCGGCUCUGAUAAUAUAAAGGAACUACAAGAAAAUCUUUUGCAUAAGGUGGACCUCGGUUCAGACGACGAUAGACGAUGGAACAAUGUAAAUUACGACAUGCCUGCUCGAUCCGGAAAGACUAAUAAUGGAGAGAAGUUUGACGCGCAAUAUUUCAACAUGACAUCUUCGGAAGCGCACGUCACUGAUCCUAUGUGCAGGAUGUUGCUUGAGCACACUUACGAAGCGAUUGUUGAUGCCGGUAUAAAUCCCAAAGAAUUAAGAGGAACGAAAACUGGUGUCUUCGUAGGAUCGUGUUACUCUGCGACAGCAAACAUAAUUCUCUAUCACAAGCCUCAAGUAGCUGGAUACCCAUUUAUUGGGUGCAGUAAAUACUGGUUAGCGAACAGCAUUUCUCACUGGCUCGGCCUUAAUGGGCCAUCUUAUGUCGUGGAUACGGCCUGCAGUUCAAGUCACUACGCCAUGGCGGAAGCUUACAGGAUGAUACGAAAUGGAGAAUGCGACGCGGCCAUCGUAGGGGGCUCCAAUCUUUGCCUGCAUCCCCAUAUUUCGCAUCAAUUCUUCCGUCUCGGAGUUCUCUCCGUUGAUGGUUACUGCAAGCCAUUCGACGAGUCUGGUACUGGAUAUAUGCGCAGCGAAGCUAUCGCGAUAGUAUAUCUCCAGAAAGCGAAGGAUGCAAGGCGAAUCUAUGCUACCUACGUCUACGCUAAAACCAAUUCUGAUGGCUUUAAGCAAGAAGGCAUUACAUAUCCCUCUUUCAGCAUGCAGAAGAAGUUAUUAGAAGAGUUUUAUAACGAAUGCGAUGUUGCACCCGAAAUGCUCUCCUAUAUGGAGGCCCAUGGAACUGGUACUCCAGCAGGAGAUCCGGUAGAAGUUGACGCCAUCGACCAGUCCUUAUGUUCAAAAAGGUCUACUCCUUUGUUGAUGGGUUCGGUGAAGUCGAAUCUUGGUCAUUCGGAGCCUACCAGUGGUCUUUGUCAAGUAGCAAAAGUAUUGAUAGCAAUGGAAACCGGUAUAAUCCCGCCAAAUAUGCACUAUGAAACCCCGCGAAAAGAAAUUACUGCUAUAUGCGAAGGUAGAAUAAAGAUCAUCACAGAACCUACUUCAUGGGGCGGUGGUUACGUGGGUAUUAAUUCUUUCGGAUUUGGCGGUGGCAAUUGUCACGUAUUAUUGAAGUCGAAUCCCAAAAAUAAAAUAAAACAUGAAACAUCGGACGAUUUACCGAGACUUGUACUUGUAUCUGGUCGUACUGAAGAGGCUGUGAAAACUCUUUUAGAUGAUGUGAAUAGUCGACAACUGGAUGUGGAAUAUAUCGCUCUUUUGCACCGUCUGCAUGCUGAAAAUAUAGAGGGUCAUCCGUACAGGGGAUAUACUAUAGCUGGAUCUCAAAUAAGCCAAUUGAUGAAACUGCCGAUGUUCGCCAAGGCAAUUGAGACAUGUAAUGCAACAUUAAAGCAGUACAAUAUAUGCGUCACAGAUAUUUUAACGAACGAAAACAUAACUGCUUGCGACAGUAUUUUAAAAUCGUUUGUAGCGAUCAUUGCUACACAGAUUGGAAUGGUGGAUCUCUUAACGCAUGUUGGUAUCGUGCCCGAUUACAUUAUUGGUCAUUCUAUUGGUAACCUGAUCUGCGAAUAUAUUGAUGGACGUUUCACUGUCGAAGAAACGAUUUUAAUGGCGUAUUACAUGGGCGUUGCAUUUGAACAGGCCAACAUACAGGUUAACGAUGCUACGAAUAACUACAACUCUCUUGAGACUGUCAGAUCAAAAUUCUUGGAGCUUCUCAGCUAUAUAUUAUCAUCGCAGUCUUUAAAAAGUCGCGGUCUGAUAUGGUUGGGCAGAUCUCGUAAUGAACGGGACAACACACCUGCAAAUGUAGCAGCAUAUUAUGCUGACAGUAUAUUGUAUCCAAUACCAUUCCAAGAAGUUAUAUCUUUGAUACCGAAAAAUACGGUACUCGUCGAGAUAAUACCACACAGUGGUUUCGAACCUACUAUGGCAAAGUCGUUGGAGUCAACGUUGAUUUCACUAUGCAAUCGCGACCAGAAUACCAUACAAAGUUUUUUCCAAGGAAUUGGAGAUCUUUAUAAUAUAGGUUUUCAGCCGCAGAUUGCAAAUUUGUACCCGCCGGUGGAAUUUCCGGUUAGUCGCGGGACACCAAUGAUAUCUCCUCUCGUCAGAUGGGAUCAUUCUGAGGAUUAUUACUUCUUUCGUUAUGAAGGACAGCAAAAGAUUUACAGCAGAGAAAGAAUCGUUAAUAUUACAAUCACUGACGAAGACUUCGAUUAUAUGUCUGGUCAUGUGAUUGAUGGAAAGAAUUUGUUACCGGCUACGGGUUAUCUUUACUUAAUUUGGGAGAUGAUUGGUUUGUUAAACGGAAUCGAUCACUGCAACAUACCGAUUGUAUUUGAAAAUGUUAAAUUUGUUCGUGCUACUCACUUAACAAAAAAUAACCUGGAAUUAACUCUUAUGAUACAGGAAGGCAUUAAUAAUAUAGGUAAUAACUUCGAAAUCAUAGAGGGUGACAAUGUCAUUGUCAGUGGAGUUGUGAGAAUACCUGACAACAUCGCGAAUGAAAAAUUACCCGCUCCUUUUCGAUCCGAGGGCGAUGAUACUGAAGAGUGCAUGUGCACGGCAGAUAUUUACAAGGAGCUACGACUACGUGGAUAUCAAUAUACAGGUUUAUUCCGUUCGUUGAAGAGCGCCACGAUUACUGGUAUGGUAGGACAUAUCAAAUGGCAAGCUAAUUGGGUGGCAUUUAUGGACAAUAUGCUGCAAAUGAUAAUCCUGUCAUUCGACUCGAGAAGUAUUUACCUGCCGACCCAAAUUCGAAAAUUAAUAAUCGACCCUACCUAUCAUAUGAUGCAGUUGCAGAAGCUGUCCGUUGAAGAACGGAUUCUGCCCGUACGUGUCAGCAAUUGCCUGGAUGUUAUAAUAUCCGGAGGAAUAGAAAUUUAUGGACUUAAAGCUACGUCCAUAUCUCGUCGAAUGAUUAGCACCGAAGCAGUGCACGAGGAAUAUAGUUUCGUUGCUUAUCGGGAUCAUGCCGCGAUAUCUUUAGAAAGGGCGGUAAAAAUGGCGGUGCACAUCGCGCUUGAAUGUUACGAAAUGAUAAAUGUUAAAAUGAUGGAGUUCCUCGAGGACGACGACAUGAUCCAGCAGGAUAGUCUAAUUACUCCGAUUAUCCAGGAGGUCCUAAACAAUUUGCCGCUAGUGCGAUCUAAUCUCACAUUGGUCGCGGCGGCCAACAGAUACGACAGCUCCGUUUUGCCUUCGAAUCUCACGACAGUGCAGCUUAACAAACUAGCGAAAGAUGACAAAUUUCUAAUGAUCAUUGCAGUCGGAGUACUAAAGAAAGGUACGCGCGACUCAACCAAUCAAUUAUUGUCCAGAAUAAUGGCUGGAGGUUUUCUCUUGACACGAGAAGAUCUCAACGGCUCUUACGAUCAUGCGUUACUGCAACGCUACGAUCUGAACAUCAUCAUGGAGAAAAGUACGGAAGGAGAAGUGCUGGUGCUCUUGAGAAAGGCGCAAAGAUCCGUGAGAAGACGGGAAAUCGUACACGUAAACAACCACGAAUUCUCGUGGAUCGACAAGCUCAAAUCUGCCAUGGAGGUGGACGACGAAUCAGGCACGAACGCCAGAGUAAUAGUCGUCGCGGAGGGUGAUCCCGAAUGUGGUGUAUUAGGACUUGUUAAUUGCUUACGAAAGGAGCCGGGUGGCGAAAUUGUUAGAUGCAUAUUUAUUCAAGAUAAGGACGCACUUGAGUUUUCUUUGCAAGAACCUUUCUAUAUGAAUCAGUUGCAAUUGGAUUUACCUAUUAACGUCUUACGUCCUGGUAAUGUUUGGGGCUCAUAUCGGCACUUUUCGUUACCAUUGCCGGAACCAAGACUCGUGCGGUGCGGUUACGUCGUUCAAAAGGUUCGAGGUGACUUGAGUACGCUUCGUUGGGUCGAAGGAUCUCACAAUAUCGAACCUGAAAAUCUUGUACGUAUAGUUUAUACGACACUGAAUUUCAAAGACGUCAUGAUAGCUACCGGUAAACUUGCUUUGGAAUCCCUUGCACCGGUUGGACGGGACGUCGAUUCCUUAUUAGGUUUUGAAUUUGUCGGUAUUGAUAGCAUUGGACGAAGAAUAAUGGGAAUAUGCUCGGACAGAGCAAUAUCAAAUACCUUAUUGCAUCAUAACGCAAUAUCCUGGAUUAUACCUGACGAAUGGACCUUGGAGGACGCCGCCACAGUUCCUUGCGUUUACGCCACAUGCUACUAUUCUUUAUAUAAGUAUGGAAAGAUAAAGAAAGGGGAGAAAGUACUCAUUCAUUCGGGUAGCGGUGGCAUCGGUCAGGCCGCGAUUAAUCUAGCGCUUCACGAAGGAUGCGAAGUAUUUACGACAGUCGGAACUCCAGAGAAACGACAGUUCAUUAGAGAAACAUUCCCCUGCAUUCCCGACGAUCAUAUCGGCAGUUCUCGCGACACAAGUUUCGAACAAAUGAUCGUUCGGCAGACACGAGGACGGGGUGUUGACAUCGUAUUGAAUUCUCUGGCUGAAGAAAAGCUCCAAGCAUCCCUUCGCUGUUUAGCGAGAGGCGGUCGAUUCUUGGAAAUUGGCAAAUAUGAUCUAAUUUCUAAUAAUGUUCUCAACAAAAUGGCGUUUGCGAGAGGCAUUAGUUUUCAUGGAAUUAUGUUAGACAGAAUAAUCAGCGCCAAAGAAGAAAUGGAGGCAGAGGUGUUCAAUUAUCUUUUAGAAGGUUUGAGAAAUCAUGUGAUAAAACCGCUCCCGAGGAAGACGUUCGAAAGGACCGAAGUAGAAGAUGCUUUCAGGUACAUGGCAACCGGUAAGCACAUAGGAAAGAUAGUGAUUAAAAUACGCGAUGAAGACAAUCCGUUGGAACAUCCUAUUCUCGCUCAUCCCCGAUUUUUCUGCGAGAUCCAUAAAUCUUACGUCAUUCUGGGCGGCCUGGGCGGCUUCGGACUGGAAUUAGCGGACUGGCUGAUUCUUCGCGGAGCCCGAAAACUCCUGUUAACUUCGCGGACUGGAAUACGUAACGGCUAUCAGCGCUCGAGAGUGGAACUAUGGAAGUCUUACGGAGCGGAUGUUCAGAUCGUCGCGGGUGCUGAUGCGUCCGAUCGCAAGGACUGUGCGUUUAUUUUGAAAUCCGCUGCGAAAAUGGGGCCAGUGGACGUUAUAUUUAACCUCGCGGUUGUACUCAGAGAUUCCAUCUACAAGAACCAAACCGUGGAGGCCUUCGAAGAGUCAUUCAAGCCGAAGGCGAUGGCAACGAAGACGUUGGACGAGCUCUCGAGGGAGAUGUGUCCCGAUCUCCGGCGCUUCGUCGUUUUCUCUUCCGUUUCAUGCGGCCGAGGAAAUGCGGGGCAAACUAAUUACGGCAUGGCUAAUUCCAUUAUGGAGAGAAUAUGCGAAAAAAGAGUACAGGACGGUUUACCUGGGAUGGCUAUACAAUGGGGCGCGGUGGGCGAUGUUGGACUCGUUGCUGAUAUGCAAGAGGACAAUAAUAAGGAACUCAUUAUCGGCGGUACACUGCAGCAAAGGAUACAGUCCUGUCUGGAUUCACUGGACGCUUUUCUGAUGCAGAGUCGACCGAUCGUUGGUAGUAUGGUCGUAGCUGAAAAGCGCGCGGGCUUCGGCGGAGUUAUGAAUAUUCUGGAGACCGUAGCGAAUGUCAUGGGGGUGAAGGAUUUAAAAGCGGUCGGACAUCGCACCCCAUUAUCUGAGCUCGGCAUGGACUCGAUGAUGGCUGUGGAGAUUAAGCAAACGUUGGAACGAGAAUUCGAUGUUUAUCUUACCGCGCAAGAUAUUCGAAAUCUCACUUUCGCAAAACUGAGCGACAUGGCCGACAAAGACAAGCGUUUUGCAAAGGACAACGAUUUCACUGUAGAUUCGGAGGGUGGAAAACUCUUUAUUCGUUUAAUGAGCAAUUUAGUCAUGGUUCCGGACGUUUGUCUAGAAAUGCCCACGAAACAAAAGAAGGAGAGAGAUCGUGUAUUCUUUCUACCUGGUGUCGAAGGUUGUGGAAGCGUGUUUAAUACAUUGGCUUCGGAAAUCCAGGCUCCCGCAACGUGUUUGCAGCAUGGCACGAACAAUAUCCCCACGUGCGAAUCGGUGGUGGAGUCAGCUGCUAUCUUAUUACCGCAAAUUCUGACGAGGAUGAAGCAUUCUAAAGAAUUUAUAAUAGUCGGAUAUUCGUAUGGAUCAGUAAUUGCUAUUGAGCUGGUGAGACUGUUAGAGGCUAGAAAUCUCACAGGACGGUUAAUAUUAAUCGACGGCGCUCCCGAUCAGAUGAAAGCUAUGAAAGAACAACAUUUCCUUUUUACCACUAUUCAAGAUUUUCAGAAUAAAAUUCUCUUAGCUCUAAUGGACACGUUCUACGUGUUUGACAAUGCAAUGGUAUCUGUAGUAUAUUGUGAGGUUUUAAUGAGAUUGUCCAAAUACAACACGUGGGAGGAAAAAUUGAACGUUUUCAUCGACUAUAUUCCCGACAAGGCUAAACAUGUAGCUUCUAUUGAGAAUUACAAAAUAUAUUGCACAUCUAUUUAUAAACAUCUACUCGCUCUUCACGAAUACGAUGCUUCUUCAUUGCCGUCAUUGAAAUCACCUAUAUUGUUAUUAAAACCUACAUUAGCAUCUUUGUCUUCUGCCGAGGAAGAUUACGGCUUGAGCAAGGUGACUGAAGGUUUAGUACAAGUUCAUUACGUGGAAGGCAAUCAUAUCACGAUGUUGGACAAUUACCAAGUUGCUGCUGCUAUUAACGGAGAUAUUUUUAUAAACUAG